UUUUGCAGAAUGGCCAUGCAGUGGACACUGAUGGCUCUUUGCCUUUUGCUCAAGACUGGCCACAGUGAGAAUCCACAAUGGUUCAAAAACAUCUCCACAAAUCUCUUCAGGUCUCCAGGUGAUAUUCUACUCGGAGGGCUUUUCCCCAUCAACCAGCUGACCAGCAACCUGAGCCAAAGAGUGGAACCCGAUGACAUUCACUGUGACAGUGUUGAUGCGUAUGGCCUGGCAAUGGCAUUAGUGAUGAAGUACACUGUGGAUGAGAUCAAUGCUACACCUGACCUCCUCCCUGAUGUCACACUGGGCUUCGAAAGCCAUGACUGCUGCAGGCAGCCGGCAGUCAUCAUGAAGCCCACUCUGCGGUUUCUCACCACAGGUUCCUCUGACGAACUGGAGGUCAAGUGUAAUUACACUGAGUACAUGACCCAUGUGACAGCAGUCAUUGGCCCAUGCAACUCUGAGAUAGCUGCCGUCAUUGGCAAGUUGCUUGGCUUUUUCUUGAUGCCACAGGUCAGCUACAGGGCCACCAGUGAUGAGUUCAGUGACAAAUUGCAGUACCCAUCCUUUGUGCGUACCGUGCCCAGUGACCGCUGGCAGGCCGCUGCUAUGGUGCAGCUGCUGAACAGGUUUGGCUGGAACUGGGUGGCGGUGAUAGGCAGUGACGACGAGUACGGCAAACAGGGAAAGCAGCAGGUGUCCAGCCUGGCCUCUGAUGCGAAUAUCUGUGUAGCAUAUGAAGGGCUGAUACCAAUUUAUGGUGACCCAGUGCCAAUGAUAAGGGAGAUCCUGGAUCGUAUAAAGGAGACCAAAGUGGGAGUGGUGGUGCUGUUCUCAGUCUCUCAAGCAACCACUGCUUUUUUCAAAGAGGUAAUCAGGGUGAACAUGACAGCAGUGUGGGUGGCCAGCACAGCCUGGGCUCUACACAGUGGCCUCAUCACUCUGCCUGGCAUUGAGACUAUAGGCACUGUACUGGCCUUUGCUGACAUGACCCAACCUGUGAGCCUGCUCAGCCCGUAUGUUCAGGAGCUUUUUGCCAAGCUGGAGAAAGAGAGGCUUCAGCAGGGCACUCCACAGCCAAGCUCCAGCAGCACAUCCCCUCUGGACAACCCUUGCCCAGACUGCUGGAACCUUUCUUCUUUGAAUGCAAGCAUAGUGGACACAGAGCUUGUACAGCGCACUGCUUUCAGUGUGUACGCUGCCAUCUACAGUGUGGCUCACGCCCUGCAUGACACGCUUGGCUGCAGUGCAAACAAAUGCUCCAGACACCCCAGAUCCAACAGAAUCUACCCGUGGCAGGUGCUGCCGAAGCUACAAAAGGUUUCUCUGACCCUGAACGGAGCACACAUUGAGUUUGAUGGCCAGGGAAACCCAUCCAUCGGCUAUGAUUUAGUGGUCUGGAUCUUUCAGAACAACACGGUGACCUUCCGAGAUAUCGGGACUUUCAUCCGAAACAUCACGAUUAAUAUGCAGUCCAUCCCAUGGCACACAGGGAAUUCUGUGGUUCCUACAUCUACAUGUUCCUCUGACUGCCAAGCAGGACAAGUACGCAUAGUUAAAGGCUUUCACUCCUGCUGCUUCGACUGCAUUGACUGCAAAGAGGGAACCUACCAGAACAAAACGGAUGAUGUCCAGUGCACACCAUGUCCUUCUGGUCAGUGGUCCACCCUGUGCAGCACCAGCUGUACCCUGCCCACCUACACAUACCUGACCUGGAAGUCUUAUGAGUCCGUAGGACUGGCUCUGGCAGGUGCUCUCCUGCUGGCCUGCCAGGCAUGGGUGGGAUUUGUGCUUUUCAAACACAGAGGGACGGCACUGGUCAGCGCUGCUGGAGGGCCUUUGAGUGGCCUGAGCUUGAUAUCUCUUAUGGGAAGUUGUGUCAGUCUGGUGCUGUUUAUUGGUCGACCGGAUGAUACAGUGUGCCGUCUGCAACAACCUCUAAACGCCGUAUUCCCCACGGUGACUCUCUCCACCAUCCUGGCAAUCUCCCUACAGAUUGUCUGUGUGACAGAGUUCCCAGAAAGAGCUCCAACUCACCUGGAGAAUCUGCGAGGACCUGGCAAAUGGGUGGUGGUGCUGGCUUGCUGUGGGCUUCAGAUGGGCCUCUGUGGCUGGUUUAUGAAAGAGGGGCCCUCGCUGACCCGUUACGUGGCCAGCCUGGAAGUGAACUUUCUGACAAGGUUCCUGUCCUGCCCUGUGGAGCCUGUCCUGAACUUUGGCCUUAUGCUUGGUUUCAAUGGUCUUCUAUCUCUGAUCUCCUUCAUGUGCACCUUUAUGGCCAUGAAGCCAGUUAAACAGUAUAACCUCGCUAGAGACAUCACUAUCUCCAGCCUAGCCUACUGUGUGACAUGGGUCAUAUUUAUUCCCAUCUACGCUGGUCUCAGUGACAAAGACAAAUCUAUUGCUCAAAUAGUGGUUACUUUACUGAGUAACAUAACACUUGUGGGAGCUUAUUACGGCCCAAAGUGCUAUCUGUUGGUUAAGCACCCAGACCUUAACACGCCUGACUACUUUCGUACUUUCCUGGAAGGAGCUCCACCAAUACCACCAGAGGAGACCCAGGAUAAAUAG